AUGAAUGAAGACGAUAGAGAAAGUAUUUUACACGAUCUGAAUAUAAAAAUUGGUAGUGAUAUCAAUGAUUUAUCCAAUGCUUACGAGUUGGAAAAUAAGCUAGUGGCGAAAAGAAAUGAAAUACAAAGUCAAUUAAAUGAAGCUAACGAUGAAGUACCAACGAAAUUAUCAACUGCAAUAAAAAAGGCAGAGCUUAAUUCAAAACAAAUAGAAAGUCUAAAAGAAAGGCGUGAAAAACUUAAAGUAAAAGUUGAUUUAUUUUUGAGCAAGACUGUGCCUUUACAAAAUGAAUUGAAUAAGAGGUUUGCGGCCAUCAAUAAGUUGGAAGAAGUCCUGUCAUAUUUGAAGUCUUUUGAGAAAAUUGAAGACAUAAGUAAUCAACUACAACAGUGCAGCGAUGAUGAACAAGCUGUGCUACUGUAUGGUGAGCUUAAAGAUAUGUGUAGUCAGUAUGAAACAGGACACAGGGCUGUUUAUAUAAAGGAAUACACACACUACUGGCAUAAUGUGUUGAAAGACAAAUUGACUAAAAACUAUGAUGAAGUCCUAAAGUUAUUAAAAUGGCCAAUAACAAGUGGUGCAGAAAACUCCCCACCUCCUAAAGAGAUACUGCUCAAAUUUAGUAACAUCACAAAGUACUUAUUCCUCAUUCAGGAACCUGAAGACCUUGUAUCUGUCAAUGUUACCAAUGAUUUUAAUCAAGAUCAAGACCCCUGUCUUCCUGUACGAAUACUUCUACGCCCUCUCAAGAAACGCUUUACAUUCCACUUCACGGGGUCACGGCAAACGGCGCGCCUUGACAGGCCAGAGUGGUUCCUUACACAAACUUUGACUUGGAUCAAGGACCACCAAGGUUUCGUUAGAAGUCAUAUACAACCUGUGGCUGAUAAGCUACAAAUGAAGAAAGUUAGAGCUGUGGAUGAAUUUAAUGCCGGAUUAAUAGCAUUAGCAGCAGAGCGGCUACACACAGUACUAGCCCUAUAUAACACGCAAGGGUCGAAAGGGGAAAUCGUCGACUCCGCAUUUGCGCAUGCUGUCGACGAAACGCUUGGUUUCCAUAAAGAACUCGUCGCCGUUACGGGAAAAGACGUUAAUAGCGUGCUCUCCGUGUUGACCAAAGCUGAGACAUUUGUGAGGUGGUUGAGUGUGGAAAAGAAGUAUGCGUUAUUGAAAAUGGACGAGACGCUAGGCAGCGAGCAAUGGAGCGAAGCAGUGGCAGCUGGUGUGGGAUCGGCGGUAGGUUCAGUGGUGUGGGUUCCCCGAGGAGCAGAUUGGUUUAUCGCGUUGUUGAAAACUAUUGAAGAACGAUAUGCCGUGUUACCGCAGCCAGGACAUCGAUUACAAUUUCUAGAACUCCAACUAGAGCUAAUAGAAGAAUGGCGCGUCCGUCUAACACAGCUGAUGAACGCGGCUCUAGGCGUGAUGGCUGCAGACUCUUUGCUGACGUCAGACUCCCCACGACAUCUGCUGGCUGUCAUCAACGCCGCUCACCACACGAGGACAGUACUUCUGCAAUGGGCGCAUUCAUUGCACUACCUCCAGCUUCACUACUACAGGCGUCAGUUCCACCAUUUCACUCAGCAGCAACAUCAUGACGUGUCCGAAUCCGAGACCGACUCUAGCGAUAGCGAUGACGACAGCAAGACCACAGACAGUAAAAAAGAUGACCUAAUGUCACUGAAUGAAGUGGAACAACAAGCAAAAACGAUGGCGGAGCGCGAAGUGACCAGGAGGGACUCGUUGAUGAUCGAUUUGAACAAUUACAGUGAUGUUGCGGCGCCAAUAGCAAAUCUUAGCGUGACAGACAAGCUACCAGGAGACGAUGAGGCAGAAGAAGCAGGAGUGUUCGCUGAAGCACCAGCGUUGCUUGCGCAUCUACGAGACGCCGGUCUCGCAGCUUUGGCGGAUCGAAUACUGCUCGAGUUCAAGGCAUCUAUUCGGGAUUAUAAGAAGCAAUCCUGGCACGCAAUGCUGAUGGUGGAGCAGAUAGCGCUGUCAGUGUCGGCGCCGCUGUGCCGGCCGCUGUCGGCGCUGGUGGGCCGCAUGUCGCGCGCCGGCGACUGCCUCGCGCCUGCGCUGGCCAUGCGCCUGCGCGCGCACCUCGCCAACGCGCUGGACCAAUACAUCUUCGAAGAAGUGGUAUUAGAGAACUGGUUCAACACAGGCGGAACGGUGCAAUUCACUCACGACGUGAAAAGGAAUCUAGUACCCGCUUUCGCACCCCCCAACAAGAGUGCUUCGCAAAUUAAUCAGCUGCCGAAGUUAGUAGAAGCAUGCAAGCUCCUAAAUCUAGACUACGACGACGCGCGUCGACUUCGCUCCUUCCUUACCAAGCAAACAGCAACCUGCGCCGAAACACUCGCCAAUCAGGGCAUCAGACACAUUCUGCCACAUGAAGCCUUACGCGUAUUGCAACAAAGAACAGAUCUCCGUGACACUGCAUCACCAGCAUCGGUUAUGGAAUUAUUCUGAAGUUUCGAAGGAGGAGGCGUGUAAAGUGCAAAGGCGCUAAGAAUGCGACUUUUAAUAAACUGCAUUUUGGCAGUCCAGAUCUAUAGGUAUGACCUUAUUUUAGAGCAAAAACCGAAUUAAGUAACCGUUUAACAUUUCAA